GCGGAGUGGGGAGCUGCACUUUGUCCACGAGCGUCUCCUCCGUCCUGCUAUCACGAACACAGCGACCUGCCACUGCAACCGGGCAUCCGCGAGUGCUUGCACAGCUGCAUCACCCAGCGAACCACAGAGCGCACGCACGCACAAGGAGGUUGCCCCUGUAACUUCGACUGUUAGUUCGGAACUGCACGCGUACCCGGAAUAAACUCAUCCCGAGCAGAACCGCGGGGACAGCAGCAGUGGAGGAGAACAAGCGGAGGAGACAAGCGCGAGUGGAGUGUCCUGGUGAUUUGUGAAGGAACCAACGAGCAGAAAAAGAAGAAGAAGAAAAGAAGAAGAAGAAGAAGCAGAGGAAGAUGAUUGUCCAGCAGCGGGUGGUCCUCCUUCUCCUUGGCCUCUGGUCCAGCGUCUUUAAAGGUGGCCAAGGUCAGUUCCCCACCACUCAGAACGUGACGGUGGUGGAAGGGGGCACAGCCAACAUGACCUGCAGGGUGGAAUACAACGACAACACCUCCCUCCAGUGGUCAAACCCGGCUCAGCAGACGCUGUUCUUCGGGGACAAGAAAGCUCUCCGUGACAACCGCAUCGAGCUGGUGCGGGCCUCCUGGCAGGAGCUGACCAUCAGCGUCAACGACGCGACGCUGGGGGACGAGGGCCUCUACACCUGCUCCCUCUUCACCAUGCCCAUCAAGAUCACCAGGGCCUACCUCACCGUGCUGGGUGUCCCCGAGCGGCCGGAGAUCAUCGGCUUCACCAAACCGGCCGUGGAGAGGGACAUGGUGACCCUCACCUGCGCGUCAGCCGGGAGCAAGCCCGCCGCAACCAUCCGCUGGUUCCGUAACGACAAGGAGGUCCAAGCUCGAGAGCACAGCCUCUGA